GGCUUCCAGCAGGGGGGCGGGGCCAAACAGAGAUCACGGACCCCUCUCUGUCUGUUGCUGUUCACGGACGCGUCUGUUGAUAACCGUGUGAAUUAUGAUAGGUAAACGUUAUGCGUUUGGGUGUACGCCAUAAGGGGAGACGAACAUGUCGGCCACCGGUCUAGAAACACAGUGAACGUCUGUCCUCCUCUGAUCUGUGUCCACAGUCAGUGAGAUGUCUCUGGCUCAGAGGGUUUUGUUGACCUGGGUCUUCACCCUGGUCUUCCUCAUCAUGCUAGUACUCAAACUGGACGGGAAGGUGCAGUGGAACUGGUUCCUCAUCUUCCUCCCCGUCUGGGUGUUUGACGGCAUCCUCAUCCUCAUGCUUGUCAUCAAGAUGGCAGGCCGGUGCAAGCCUGGCUACGACCCUCGCAACGGCUCCCCGGACCUGCGUCUGCGCGCCUGGUACCUGACGGCCAUGCUGCUCAAGCUGGGCUUCUGCCUGACGCUGUGCGCCAAGCUGCAGAAGCUGGCGGACGUGAAGCUGACGUUUGUGUGCAUACCACUGUGGACCAUGUUACUGGGGGCGCUGGUGGAGCUGGGGCUGAAUAUCUUUCCUGAGAGGAGAGAGGCCUGAGAGGGAUUCAAACGUCUGGUUCAAACCUCAACAUGAAUCAUUGGUACAUAUUGAGAAUAGUUUUGUGUUUGGUUGACCAUGACUUUGUGAAAUUUGAGCUUUUUGUGUUGGCCUGAUUAUGUUUCCAGAGACGGCUGAGGCUCAAGCAGUAAUCAAAUCAUUCUCUCAGACGUUGGUAUUCAUCUUAAGAAUAAGAGACUGUGUAAAAAUAAAAAAUAUAGUGUGCUCAGACGUCAGUGGAGUAUGCUGCAAGGGCUUCGACAGGGCAGGGACUCUGCUGUCUGUGCAACUGAAGAGCUGCUAUUGGAUCGGUCGCAAUCCAUUUGUUUAAAAAUGAUCAAAAUUGCUCUAAGAUUGCUCUUCUUUACAAAGACAAAAAAAUGCCAUAAGGGGAUCAACUGUGUGUAUAUAUAUAUAUAUAUAUAAAUCUACUGUGAAGCCUACACUGGAAGAAACAUUAACGUCCUCUAAUGUUUGCUUUUGUUCUGGUCUCACAAUGCUCAGUAUUGUUUAUUUUCAGUGCGUAUAAGCCAGGACAACUGCUCUUGUAAAUGAACUUGGGGAGCUGAAUGGUAUUUAGUGAAUUUUGACUCCACUUCCUUUAUUUAAGCUGCGUAACUAAUUAACUAGCACUCUUGGUACCAGAAUCAUGGAGUGUGUUGUUUUCUACAUAUGCUUUAGAUAUUUUGUGGCACUUUUUUCUUUUCAUUCCUGAGCUGUGGAGAGUAUCUGGCCAAAUAUUAUUUCACAAGUUAUGAAUUAACUUCAGAAGGUGUUCGUGACAACAGCUCGGUAUUGGCUGCAAGCGCCUAAGGAGUCAAUAACUUAAAAGAUCAUUUAAGAAAUUGCUCGGGACGUAAAAGCAUCUUGGAAACGUCUUGUGAUGUUUAUUUUUUUUAUACAAGCUACCGCCCCUCCCGCUCUGUACAAGGUCUCUUUUGUACCAUGUAAAUCAUCAUGUGCCCCAUGAAAAUGAGCAAGCUGUUAUUAGGUACAAAGGUCCAAGUUCGCUUCGGGGGAAAAAAACAAAACCCUUGACAUGUAUCAUACUUGGUGACCAAAGUGAUUAACAUUCAGAUUAAUGCGGAGAAUCUAAAUUAAGUUUAGGGUGUAAACUUUGAGUGCUUUCUACCAGCAGUUUUUAGUGUUAAUUUCGUCAUAUUCCAACCUUACGGUACAACUGACACUGUGCGUGACUGACAUUUGUUUUGUGCCAUUCGAUUGUCCAUUAGUAUUUCAAAUACAUUCUUUGCAUUGUUUUGCACUAUGUUGAAAAUGAAAAGGAAUGGCUGUUUUGAGAUUGAAAGUAUUUGAUAAUUAAUGCAUGUCUUGUAAAAUAAAAAAAUAAAUAGUACUUCCAUACUUUAA